AACAGUCCUACAAUAGGAGGUUACUAGAAAAAUCAAAUAUCUCAAAAUGAAAGUUUUCGUUGUUUUCGCUUGCGCUUUGGCCGCAGCUUCAGCUGGUAUUGUUGCUCCAAUUGCCCCUCUCUGGGUUGGCGGUGCCCAACAUUUACCAGUUAUUGGCCCCAAUGGAGUACCAAUUGACACCCCUGCUGUUCAACAAGCCCGUGCUGCUCAUUUGGCGCACAAAGUAGAAGCUCAUGCCCGUAAUGGUGAUUUGGCCGUUGCUGUUAAUGCUGCUCCAAUUCUUGCUUCACCAAUUGUUGCUCACGGCCUUGUUGGACAUGUUGGUAUUCCAGAAACCGCCGAAGUUGUGGCCGCCAGGCAAGUUCACUUGGCUGCUCAUGCUGAAGCUCUAGCCCGCAAUGGUCAUAUUGCCCCAAUUCACCGCAUUUUGCGUCGUGGUAUUCUUGCCGCUGCUGCUCCAGCUAUUAUUGCCCAAGGCGUCCCAGCUGCCUAUCCAACAACCCUUGGUCUUCCAGCCGUAACUGCCAAUGGUGUCCCAUUGGAAACCCCAGAGGUUGUUGCUGCUAAGUCCAACCAUUUCGCUGCUCACGCUGAAGCUCUUGCCCGCACUGGUCAAGUUUACGGUAUUGCUGGCGCUCCCGUCAUUUCUGCCGCUCCAUGGGUACAAGCUUCUCCUCUGGUCUCUCAUGCUGCCAUCGCUGCUCCAGCUCUUGUUGCUCGUGCCCUUCCAGCUGCAUACCCAACUACCCUUGGACUUCCAGCUGUAACCAGCAAUGGUGUUCCAUUGGAAACUCCCGAAGUUGUUGCUGCUAAAUCAAACCACUUUGCCGCUCAUGCCCAAGCAUUGGCCCGCAACAGUCCAAUUAUCUCUCAAGUUGUGGUUGGCGCUCCAGUUGCAUCCUUGUGGUAA